AUGGGCAAUCCUGGGGUAGCCGGGGCGCGCGCGCGCAGCGCGUCGACUCCGUCGGUUACUGGCGUGGAUUUUCUGGGAUUAGGGUUUCAGGAGGAGCGGGAGAAGCAGCAGGGGCGCGGGAAGGGGCCGCUGCCAGCUGGCCUGCAAGCUGACGUGGAAUUCGACCCGGCCACGUCAGGAGGGAGUCUGCCGCAAGUGGAGAUGAUCGUCGGGUCGCGUGUGAUUACAAAGAGGGGGGAGGUCCCGGGGGAGCAGCAGCAGGGGGGUGCGCAGGGGGAGGGGGAAGGGGGAGCGGGGGGAACGGAAAGCGAGUAUAAGCCCAAGGUUGCGACGUGGGGGGUAUUCCCGAGGCCUAGAGACAUCUCGAGAACGGUGAGAGGGAGGGAGACGGUGGGGGAUGGCGGUAUUACCACGGCUGAUGCCAUCUCCACCGCUCUCCACCCCUCUUCCCCAUCAUCUUCCCUUUUUCUCCCCAUCUCCCUUUCAGUGUGGCGGAGGGCGCACCAUCAGGCCUGGGGAAGCAAGCACUGGAGAGGAGGAGCGGGGGAGGGAGGAGAAGAUGCCAUUUCCACCGUUCUCCACCCCUCGCCUUCAUCGACCUUCCUCCCCUUCUUCCCAUCUUCCCCUUCAGUAUGGGGGUGGGCGCACCAUCAGGCCAGGGGAUGCGCUAGAGAGGAGGAGAAGAGGGAGAGGGAGGAGAAGAGGGAGAGGGAGGAGAAGAGGGAGAGGGAGGAGAAGAGGGAGAGGGAGGAGAAGACCAGGAGGGGAGGGGGCGAGAUCACCAUGCCGCCAGGGGAGGCGCUCGAGACAGAGGAGGAGAAGCGGGAGAGGGAGGAGAAGACGAGGAGGCUGUUAGACGAGUACAACAGAAGGAUGGGCUUUAAGAUGGACCCUGCUGUCAAGGCGGAAUGCGAGGAGAUGGACCCUGCUGUGAAGGCGGAGUGCGAGGAGAUGGGCCCUGCUGUCAAGGCCAUGUGCGAGGAGGCAAUGAGGGAGGGAGCGGUGCUGAUGGAGAGGGGGAGGCUGAGGGAGGCACUGGAGCAGUUUGGCGUGGUGGUGGCCAAAACGACCUUUCAGAACGAGAUGCACGGCCGGGCUGCUAUUCAGCAGGCUGUGUGCCUCGACUCCCUCGCCCGGUCAGACGAGGCCAAGGCCAUGUAUGAGCGGCUGACAGGGCAUCCCAACGAAGGGGUCAAGAGGAAGGCCCGGCAAAUGCUGUUUGGGUUUCAGGCAGCAGAGAAUCUUCGCUUCACUGGUGGCUCAGACUACGACUCGUCUUGGUACAAGAAAUACUUUGACGCAUUCGCAAAAGGCUCCAAGUACAAUAAUGUCUACAAGGCAACGCAAGAGGAUGAGGAGGAGAGCAACAAGCAGCUGUUGCAAGAUGCGCUACUGUAUGGGCUCUUGUUGCUCAUGCCUGUUGUGCUUAUUCUGGCAGUGGCGGCAACAAGGAAUGCGACCUGA